UAUAUCGCAUUCUUGGACAUAAUACAUUGAUAAGAAUUCUCUGUUAAAAGUUGGCUUAGUUUCCUUACUGAUUUUGGUGAAAAUGUUCAGGGGAAACUAACAUAUGAAUUCAUGUUCAGAUUUCUUGCAAUCUGGAACGUGAUCAGUGAGAGAUGGCAGAAGGGGGAGAAGAUGAUAUGCCAAGGGAUGCAAAGAUCGUAAAGGAAUUAUUAAAAUCAAUGAAUGUCGAUGAUUAUGAACCACGAGUCAUUCACCAGUUUUUAGAACUUUGGUACCGGUACGUUGUCGAUGUGCUGACUGAUGCACAGGUCUACUCAGAACAUGCUGCAAAAUCUUCAAUUGAUUCUGACGAUGUGAAGCUUGCAAUACAGUCUAAAGUCAAUUUUAGUUUCUCACAGCCUCCACCCCGAGAGGUGCUGCUGGAGUUGGCUAGGAGCAGAAAUAAGGUUCCAUUGCCGAAAUCAAUAGCAGGGCCUGGAAUCCCUCUGCCACCGGAGCCGGAUACCCUGAUUAGCCCAAAUUAUCAAUUAGCUAUUCCCAAGAGGCAGAAUAACCAACCUGCUGAAGAAACAGAAGAGGAUGAAGAAGCUGCUGAUCCCGUUACCAGUUCUAAUCCAAAUUCUCAAGACCGUAGAGAUUUGCCCCAAGGAACACCCCAGCGAGUUUCUUUUCCCCUUGGAGCUAAACAUCCACGAUGACUAUUUUGUAAUCAUGUCAAUUAGAUCAGAAUAAUAUAUUGCGAUGAUGAUGAAUGAAAUCAUGUCUCAGUAACAUUGAGAUUCAUGUAUGAUAACAUCAUCUUAAUUGCAAUUAGAUUGGCAUUUCAUUUCAUUGCAGAACCAUGAAAA